AUCCAAGCGCCGUACGCGGCAACACAGAGAGCUCCCUUUGGUGCUUCUUUGUGCCUUCUACGUAUGGUCUGUGCCCCACUUGACUCGCUUACGGCAGCAACCCACGCCGAUUUUCGAACCUCUUGCCCGCAACUUCGCGCCCAUUACCCCGUUCGCGAGCCACAUCUGAGAGCCACGUCCCUAACCACCGUAGGGAAGCUCUCAUAUUCUUUUUUCCACCCGGCAGGUUGUGCAUCUAGAAGGGCAAAGCGCGAAAGGCGCUCCAAUCCGUCAAGAUGUCUCAAAUCGCUUCAAAGAACAUUUACGAGCUACUGGGCAACGACCCUGAGCUCGACCCCAACAGGCCGGCUGACCCGCCAACAAGGGCAAUUGAGAAGCCCGUCAUGAGGCAUGGCAAGCGCGAUGGAUCCGACCUCCCCAAGUCCAUCCCCGAGAGGCAGAGCCACCAGAACCGUGCCAAGCAGACCGACAAUGCCAACGAGAACGCUUUCCGGGAUCGUGGCGUAGGAUCUGACAAGAACCGUGGAAGGGGAUCUGGUGAGCCUACUGGCACUGGAGCUCGCGGUGGCCAGCGCGGUCGUGGACGCGGUGGACGCGGUGGAGGUCGUGGUGGUGCCCGCGGCGAGGGUGACCGUCACAGCAGGACCGGCAUCAGCGAACACGACAAGCAAGCUGCUCACGGCUGGGGCGGAAAGGACGGUGACGCUGAGUUGGCUGAUGAGCAGGCUGGCGAGGCCAUCGCUCAGGCUGAAGAGAAGGACGCUAUCCGGGAUGAUGCCGAGGGCGAGAACGCCGAGCCCGAGCCCGAGGACAAGAGCAAGUCCUACACUGCCUACCUUGCUGAGUUGGCCGAGAAGAAGCUUUCUCUUGCCGCCCAGAACGUUCGCAAGGCCAACGAGGGCAGCAGCCAGAAGUUCCCCGAAGGUACUGCGCUCUCCCGCGACGACCAAGAAGACUUCAUCGCCGGUGGACAAGGCAAGGCUAAGCGCGAGCGCGCGCGCAAGGAGAAGGUUCACGUUGAGCUCGAUGGUGACCGUAUGCUUGCUCCCCCUCCCCGUGAGGGCGGCGCCCGAGGACGCGGCCGUGGCCGUGGCGAAUUCCGUGGCGGCGAGGGACGUGGACGUGGAAACGGCGAGGGACGCGGUCGCGGCGAGGGUCGUGGAGAGUUCCGCGGACGUGGCCGUGGCGGUGAGACUCGUGGACGUGGUGAUGCCCGUGGUCGUGGUGGCCGCGGUGGUGCCCCCGGUCCCAACAUCACCGACUCAAGCGCCUUCCCCAGCCUCGGCGCAUAGAAAGCGCCAGCACUCAUUGCGGCCUGAAAGCCGGACGUGUCUGUGUCUAACGGUCUGUUGUGGAUGAAACGAACGAAUGAACAACAAGGCUAUUUCACGACUGGAUGAACCAACAGGGAGCUGAAGCACGAUAUCAAGCAUCUUUGAAAGAGAGGGCACCGGGCUGUGAAUACUUUUCAUUUACCGGUAUCAAAAAAAUGUAGUCAACUUGAGCUCGACCUUUUUGGCAUGCGUGUUUGACUGUUUGACUGUUUGAUUCGUUAUUGUCUGGUGUGAUGUAUUCGUAGUAGUUUUUUCUUGAUUAAGAGAAGCACAUGGUUAAGAAGAUGCCUUUUCUUCAAUUAACUGACUGCUGUCAGUUACCCUGGUUGCAGAUGGUUGCAGAAAGGUGAUGGUCUAUGCGGUAAUUAUCUGUUUAGUAGCAAAGUAAUUCAGUUCGCCGUAUAACAUAUAUGUGUUUGUCUCUCUCUCUCU